UUUUUUCUUUUUUUUUUUUUUUCCUCCUUCAACAACUGCUUUAAAGGCUUCAAGUUCUCAGAUCCCUUAGCUUAGCUUAGCUAAUCCUUUUAGUUCUUUUGGGAGAAAACCCUUUUGUUUUGGUUCGAGUUCGUGUCGUAAUGGGGAGUGGUUAUUUUGGGGAACCGGGUUUCGGGAAUGAAAGAGGGAGUGGAUUGUUGUCGUCGUCUUCGUCGUCACCGUCGUCGUCGUCGUCGACGAGAAGAGGGAGGAAGGGAGGUUCUGAUAAGCAACCAAGGCAACCUCAAAGAGGGCUUGGAGUUGCUCAGCUUGAGAAGAUCAGAUUGCAUGGUGAAAUUGCUGCUUUUCAUCCCACUUCUUACACCUUCAAUAAUGAUCAAGAGGUAUCGAGAGUACAGACAGGAUAUUCGUCGGUACCCUCGUCUACUUCUUCCUCACCCUCUUAUGGCUUCCCGUCCAACGUUAUGAUGGGGUUUGGAGAAUAUGAAAGAAGAAACCUUAGAGAUGGUGAUUCUCAGUACAGCACAGCAGCAAGAUGGGAUCCAAGCAAUGGUGGGAUAUUAGAGGCUCAGCAUUUUGCACAACCAAACAUGCCAUGUUAUCUUCAAAAUCCACAAGCAGAGUGGACACAGACCCGAAGGAGCAAACGACAGGAGAGGAGUGGACGAAUGAGUCAGAAUUCAGAAGCAUGUGAGAGCCAAGAACUGGACUUGGAGCUUAGACUCUCAAUAAUCUAG